AACUGCAAACGAUCAGUUUGCCUCAGACCGGGUAGAGCCUAGGCAGGGAGAGAGCCCCUUGCGUGCUGAGCGGCGGGUCUGGACUCUAGCCUGCGAUGACAGCGCAAGGGCUGCCAGGAAGGGUGUGCAGGGACACCUGGCUCACUCCCUCGCGGCAUUUGAGGUUCAGGCACAGCAGACCUCCAUGGCUCCUUACCACAUCCGCAAAUACCGGGAGAGCCACCGCACACAGGUCCUGGACUUGUUCUCCCGGGCAAUGGAUGAGUACGUCCCCACCACCUUCCGCCACGUCCUGAAGCUGCCCCAAACCCUGGUGCUCUUGCUUGGGGUGCCCCUCGCCCUUUUCCUGGUCUCUGGCUCCUGGCUCCUGGCCCUCCUAGCCAGCUUCACCCUCCUCACUGCUCUGAGAUUCCUCUCCAAAUACCCCUGGAGCAAGUUUAAAGUCAUGUGCUUGCGCACAGACAUGUCCGACAUCAGCAAGUCCUACUUGAGUGAGCCUGGCUCCUGCUUCUGGGUGGCCGAGGCUGAGGGGCAGGUGGUGGGCAUCGUGGGCGUGCUGCCCGUCGAGGAGCGCCCCCUGCCCAAGGAGCAAUUGCAGCUGUUUCACCUGUGCGUGGCCUCGGGGUGGCGGCAUCAGGGGAUAGCGAAAGCCCUGGUCAGGACCGUCCUGCAGUUCGCGCGCGACCAGGGCUACCGCCAAGUCGUCCUCAUCACCAGCGUGCUGCAGCAUUCGGCCUUGGCCCUCUACCAGCGCAUGGGCUUCCAGAAGACGCACCAGUUCUUCUUCUCCCUGAGCUGGAGGCUAAUUGCUAUUCCUUCGGUUAUGUUUGUCUACCACCUGCCCUCUGCUCAGGCCUCUCAGGCACAGGAGUAGGAGGGGGGCCGGUGAUCCAGUUCCUGGGGGCUUAGUCAGGAGAGGGCUGGCUCUGCUGAGGUAGCAAGCAAACCCCGAAGCCUCAGUGUGACAGCACAGUGAGAGCUCACUGUUCCUUCUGUGGGAAGCCCCGGGGGGUGGGGCGGGGAGGGUUCUGCUCCUUUCUGUCUUUUGGGGUGGCCACUGUUUGAUUUAUCCAGUGCCACGAGAAGGCUGAGUUAAAACAAACCAAUAAACG